AUGUCCCAGAUGACCAGAGACGCUCCGAAAAGGGUCGCCGUGAUCGGAGCAGGGAUCAGCGGGGUAUGCGCAGCAGCACAUCUUCUGAAGGCCGGUCUGGAAGUAGUCGCGUUCGAGAGGUCAAGUAUUGCUGGCGGAGUGUGGCAUUUCGACGAGCGGGUCGCUCACGAUCCGUCGCCAUAUCCAAGCGAGGUCCCGUCGAGAGGUGAUUAUGAGCCAAUCCCGGUGGCUGCAUACCGUACCCCUCCGCCGGAAGACGAGGAUAUCGACGAGCUGGAGAUCAUCCAUGCGCCGCCUGGCCCUUGUUAUGCCGGACUCAAGAAUAAUGUCUCGACGAGAGAGAUGAAAGUCAGCCUGGCGUCAUGGCCGGCAGGAACCGCGGAUUUUGUCACCCAGAACGUCCUCGAGGAGUACAUACAGGGCAUCGCAGAGCAGCAAGGUGUUAAUGCAGUAACACACUAUCGAACUCGUGUCGAGGAAGUGAGGAAACAUGAAGGCCGAUGGUUGGUGCGCACGACACGCUUGCAGAAGACAGCGACACCGGGCUGGCGACUGGUAGAGCGCCAUUGGACUUUUGAUGCAGUCGUGGUGGCCUCAGGCCAUUACCACAUGGCUCGAAUACCUGAUUAUCCUGGUCUCAGCGAGUGGAAACGUGCAUAUCCGGAUAGAGUCUGGCACUCGAAGAGAUACCGAAGUCCUCAGAUAUGCAGAGAUCAAAAUGUUCUUUUGCUCGGAGCCGGGGUGUCGGCGGCAGAUAUUGCUAGGGAAUCCGUAGGAGUUGCCAGGCACAUAUAUCAGAGUGCUCGAGGCGGGCUUUUCGACCUCCCGGCAAGCUUUCUACCAGAAGGCAUCACCAGAGUGGGUGCCAUCAGAUCGUUCGAGCUGGAGGCAAGCCAGCGUGGCAUCCGGGACGAGUCCUCCGAGCCCAUUGCCGGAAAGGUAGUUUUGGAGAAUGGAGAGACGCUGUGCGAUAUCCACUCCGUCAUCCUCUGCACAGGUUACAUAACCUCGUAUCCGUUCCUACCGCACCUGCACCGCGAUGACAUUUCAGCGGGACAGGCAAACCAGCCGGUGCUUGUGACGGCAGAGGGGAACAUGAACCACAAUCUGCACAAGGACAUGUUCUACAUCGAGGAUCCGUCACUUAUCUUCAUCGGAGUCCCGUACCACAUCGCGACAUUCUCACUUUUCGAGUUCCAAGGUCAGGUCGCAGAAAGAGUACUGAGCGGAAAGGCGCAAUUGCCAAGAUAUGACGAGAUGCGCCGAGAGUACGACGAGAAAGCGAGGACCAAGGGAUUAGGGAGGGAGUUCCACAGAUUCAAGGCGCCUGGGGCUGAAGAAGCAUAUGUAAAAGACCUCGUUGACUGGGUGAACGCAGACGCUGAGCGACUUGGUGUUGAAGACAAGAUGGUAGGGCACCCACCCGAAUGGCACGUUGCGAAGCAGGAUAGAGAAGCAAGGAUCAGGUUGAUAUUUACAGCGAAGGAAGCAGAAAAGAUCGAUAGCGUCGAGGAAGUAGUUGGAUUGGUAGGCGAAGGGAGGUGA